AUGGCUCUGAGAACCGACGACUCGAAGGAAGACCACAAAGAUGCGCCCGAAGAUGUCGACCUCGCGAAGGUUGAAACCGCGCACGCCGGCGAGGUUAUAAAUCUAGAACAGCACCAAACCCACCGCGGUCUCAAAACACGCCACAGCCAGAUGAUUGCUCUCGGGGGCACCAUCGGCACCGGCCUCUUCGUCAGUUCCGGCCAGGCCCUUCGUCUCGGCGGACCUGCCUUUCUCCUCGUCUCUUACAUGAUCACUUCGCUACUUGUAUUCGGCAUCGUCACCGGCUCGACUGAGUUCAGCUCAUACCUUCCCGUUCCUGGCUCUACGACCGCCUACUUCGGACAUCGCUUCUUCUCUCGCAGCAUGGGCUUCGCCCUGGGGUGGAUGUUCUGGUACAUCUGCGCCAUCACCGUCCCCGCUGAGAUCACGGCUGCUAGUCUUGUCAUCGAGUACUGGGAGCAGCCGGUGCCCACUGGCGUAUGGAUCGCCAUCAUUCUUGUCGUGAUUGUUGCGCUGAACUGCUUCCCCGUCCAUGUCUACGGCGAGGUAGAGUUCUGGUUUGCUUCGAUCAAAGUUCUCGGUAUUAUCGGCAUGCUAUUUAUGGCCCUCGUCGUCACUACCGGCGGGGGCCCCAAGAAGGAGGCCAUCGGUUUCGCGUACUGGAACAGCCCUGGCGCCGUCAACCACUACAUCUUCGACGGGCCUGUAGGGGUCCUGGCGGCGUUUGUCGCGACUUGGUGUUUCUCGGUCUUUGCUUUCGUCUUCUCGCCCGAGCUCCUCAUCAUCACUGGCGGCGAGAUGCAGAACCCUCGUCAGAACCUCCCCCGCGCCGGCCGCCGCUUCAUCUGGCGCCUGGUGAUAUUCUACGUCCUCAGCGCCUUCUUCCUCGGCAUGAUCAUUCCCUUCGACGAUCCCCAGCUCCUGGGAGGCGCCAGCGACGCGGGUGCCUCCCCGUGGUCCAUCGGUGCCAAGCGAGCCGGCAUCCGCGGCCUCGACUCCGUCAUCAACGCCGUCAUCCUCCUGUCCGCAUGGUCGGCGGGCAACGCCUGGCUCUACAUGGCCAGCCGCUCGCUCUACUCAAUGGCCGUCUUCGGCAUCGCUCCCGCGGCUUUCAAGCGCUGCACCGCGUCGGGCAUUCCCUACUUCAGCAUCGCCUUCAGCGCCUCCUUCUCGCUCCUGGCGUUCAUGAACCUCAGCCAGUCGUCCGCGACCGUGUUCAACUGGUUCGUCAACCUCAUCAACAGCUGCGGCUUCAUCAGCUGGAUCUGCAUGUGCGGCAUAUACCUCCGCUUUCGCAAGGCGACUUUUGCGCAGGGUAUCGUGGACCAGCUCCCCUACCGGUCCGUGUUCCAGCCGUACGCGUCGUACGUGUGCGUGGUGUUGUUCUCCCUGAUGCUGCUCCUCAGCGGCUUUACGAAUUUCCUCGACGGCCACUGGAGCACGGCCAACUUCAUCACCACGUAUAUCGGGAUCAUUAUUUUCUUAGCGUUCUAUAUGGGACACAAGGUCGUACGAGAUUGGAAGUCUCCUUGGGUCAUUCCGGCCGAAGAUGUUGAUCUGCGUACUGGUCUUCAGGAGGUUAUAGAAGCGGAAGCUCCUGUAUCCUGCAAACGUCAUAAGUGGUACGAUGUUUGGAGUCUCCUUUUCCGGUAG